CUAUCAGAUCUCUUCUAUAUACAGGGCCCUAUUGCCUUUUGCUGCAUUGCAAACAAACAAUUUCCUAUGUAGCAGAUCAGAGAUCGAAUCCCACUGCUUUUCUGAUCUCAGUAGGUUUCAAUUUGAGAAAAUGGCAACAUUUAAUGAUGGAUUCAAUGCUAGCUUUGAUCUUGAUUGCCCUGUUAUAAGUUGCGAAAAUUCUUGCUCUGUAAUGGAAGAAAUGUUGGCUUUUGAGGCUCCUCUUUGUGUGGAGGAUGUGCUGGCAUUUGAAACUUCCUGGCAUUCGAAUUCCUCAGAGGAUUUGCAGAGUGCAGAGGGAUUUAAUCAACUGGCGGUUAAUUCUUUGCUCUGUUCUCAAAGUGUGUACGCACAGACUGCCUUCUGCAAAUAUAUUAAAGCUAAUCCAGCGCCUGAUGUAGAUUCUUUCAAAAGCGGCCAAAUUUUGCACAAGAGAUGCUUAGGUGUUCUCAGAAAAAUUGAUAAGAAGCGAAAAUUGACGAUGCAGAUUUCAAUGCAAACUACUCCUCCUCCUCCUCCUCCUCAACUAAAGCAAUCAAAAUCAGGGUUUCAAAAGAAAUCAGCUUUUAACCAUAUGCUAGCUGAGCGCAACAGGAGAGUCAAAUUGAGAGAGUACUUCGCAAAUCUUUGUUUUCUCGUGCCUAAAAUCACCAAGAAAGAUAAGCAUUCAAUACUCGCAAAUACCACAAGCUAUCUGCAGGAAUUAAAGCUCCGUGUUGAUGAGCUCGAACAACAAAAUCAAAUAUUGCAGGAACCAGCUUCCACACAUAAAGAGGAAGGAAGUAAGUGGUUCGAAUCCACGGAGCAGUCAUAUAAUUCAGACAACAGAGUCAUUUAUAGUAGCGAUGAAGUAACUUUGGAGCAAUGGAAGAAGAGCCCCUGCCAAGUGAAUAUGAAAAUAAUUUUACAGAAAGAUAAGGUUUUGUGCCCGGCAAGUCUGCUAAUCAAGCUACUAGAUCUGUCGAGAAGUAAACAGAUGGAAGUCCUCUCUAUGCAAUCACAGACACAUCCAUUUCAAUUUCGCUCUGACAUUCUCCUCAGACCAAAUGGUGAGGCUUGGGAUGUCUCCAAGUGGCAAAAUUUUGCCACAACAAUUAGGGAGUCCCUGUUAUGAAGAGCAGCCAUGAAUGAACGCAACCAAGAAAAUUAAUGUCACUGCCAUUAAAAUCUUGUCACAGAAGCUUGUAGGUCAAUCAAGAUGUUACAACGAGAAGCUUUCAUUUUCAUUACUUUCCAUGGCUUUCAGAGUAUAAGAUUCGCUCAAUAUUGGAAUAAUAAGAUAUUUGUAAGGGCUGGGAUUCAAAAAACAUAAUGAAGAGGAAAUUUAUUAUAAUUAUUAUUAUUUAUUAGGUCAUAUUUGGGGAUGCGUCUAUUUUGGCUUCAAAAAGGCAGUACAGUUUGAUUAAG